AUGGCCAAGGUCCUAGACUCCCGAUGUCAACCUACCAUCCUCUUCAUCGAAGAAGGUCGAUCUCUUUUAGGCAUCACUCUUGGAGACUCCAAGGCUAGGAAGGGGGACGCGGGGGGCAUCGAUGGGGGGGGCGCGGCGUGGGAGAGGCAGCGGCGGCGUGAGAGGGGCUCACAUGCCUUGGAGGGGAGGAGGGGUUGGCGAUGGGGCAAGGGGUGGCGGGUGGUAGGACAUGAACUCAGAGAGGAGGGCGGUGGUGGCGGGACAGGCGUAGGAGUGGAAGAUGGAAGAGACCAUGGUGGUGAUGUCGGAGUGGAAGUCGUGGCCGAGAGGGAGGGGGUGGCGGGCGAGGAAGAGCUUGAGCUCCGUUGGAAGGCUACACCAACCGCCUCCCUCGACAUGAUGGCUUCUCUCUCGUUUAGCAGCAGAGGGGGAUGGUAUGGUGACAAGGGUGGUGGUUCUGAGCAUGGUGCUAUGGCCAAUAAAGCAGUCAAAGAGGCCAAGAAAGCAGUUGAGGAGGUCAAAAAAGCAACAGAGAAGAAGGCUACCAAAGAAAGUGAAAUAAUAGAGAGAUUGAAGAAGCAGUUCCAGGAGAAGAUGGACUUCUUGAAAGAGAAAAAUAAGCAGCCCCUGGACAGCCAGCGUCAUAUGAAUGAUCAGGAUGACAAGCUGCAAAAGCAAACAGAGAGGGUUUCAGAGUUAGAGGCCAAGUUGAAAGAGGCUGAAUCCAUGAUUGAAAAGCAUGAUGAUGCUCUCUUUUCAUAUCAGAGGCAGCUUGAUAAGGAUAAAGAGCACCUUGAUCUUAGCAAGAUCACUAUGGAGGCAGCUUUGGCAACAGUAGUCGAAGCGACCUCUAAGACCACUUCUGGGAUCCACAUUAUGGAGCUACCUACCACUCCUUCUAUUGAGUACCAUGGAGGAACGAACUUUGGGAAGUCUCCCUCCUCAUAUGUAACAACAAGCUAUUAUGAUCGAGCUCCUCUGGAUGAAUAUGGCUUGAUCUGGCUACCUACAUGGGGUCAUCUUAGAGAACUGCAUGCUGCAAUUAAGCUAUCCUCUGAGCCGCUGCUUUGGGGAACCUAUACUAAUUUUUCGCUGGGUCAACAACAGGAGGCACAUGUUUUUCAAACAAAUUCAGGAAAGUGUGCUGCAUUUCUUGUAAACUUUGCCCAGCAUCUCAAUGCAACCGUGAGUCUUCAUAAUGCAACAUAUGAAUUGCCUUCCAAGUCCAUAAGUAUUCUGCCAGACUGCAAAAGGGUAGCCUUCAAUACUGCAGAGGUUAGUGCUCAGUAUGGAAACAGAUCAGCAAGAGCAGUUCAGAGCUUUAACAAUGCUAACAAAUGGAGUACAUUCACAGAGGGAAUACCUAACGUUCACCAUGCUUCAUUCACAAACAUAGAACUGCUGGAACAAAUGUCAACAACAAAAGAUGGGACAGAUUAUCUUUGGUAUACUUUCAGCUACAACCACAAAUCCAGUGAUGGUCAGCAAGCACUCAGUGUUGAUUCUCGAGCUCAUGUGUUACAUGCUUUUGUAAAUGAUGAGUUUGUGGGAAGUGUGCAUGGGAGUUCCGAUGGACCUCCAAAUAUGACUUUGAAAAACAUUUCAUUAAGGGAAGGGCAGAACAACAUCUCAUUGUUGAGCGUCAUGGUUGGAUUACCGGAUGGUGGGGCAUAUCUUGAGAAAAGGAUUGCUGGACUUCGUAGAGUGAGCAUCAACUGCAGUGGAAGUGGACCUCAAAAUCUCACUAACUGGCUGUGGGGAUACCAGAUUGGUUUAUUAGGGGAAAAGCUAGAAAUCUACACCCAACAAGGAUUACAAAAGGUGGUUUGGAGAACUGAUGGGAGCUCUAUAGAUAGGCCUCUCACAUGGUACGAGACAACUUUUGAUGCUCCAUUUGGUACCAAGCCGGUGGCACUAGACCUUUCGAGUAUGGGUAAAGGCGAGGUGUGGAUAAAUGGAGAAAGCAUUGGCCGUUAUUGGGUCUCGUUUGCUAGUCCCAAUGGACAGCCAUCACAAACUCUGUAUCAUGUUCCUCAGUCCUUUCUGAAACCUUUUGGGAACCUCCUGGUUCUUUUCGAAGAAAUGGGUGGAGACCCUCUUGGUAUCACAUUGAAGACCAUCUCAGUUACUCAUAUUUGCAGUAAUGUGGCCGAGUCCUUUUCACCUUCCCUAUUUUCAAAAAGAAAACAACCAAGCGUUCAGCUCCAAUGUCAUGAAGGGGAAGCCAUAUCCUCUAUAAAGUUUGCAAGCUACGGAAACCCUAUUGGAGAUUGUGAAAACUAUGCUUUAGGAAGUUGUCAUGCAGUCUCAUCCAAAGCUGUUAUCAAGAAGGCCUGUGUGGGUAAGAGGAGAUGCUCAAUCCCAAUAUUAGCCACAACAUUUGGAGGAGACCCAUGCCCAGGCAUUGCAAAAUCUCUAUUAGUUGUGGCUGAUUGCGUUUGAUCUCUAGCAAUUUGCAAACAGUCUACAUGGACCAAUGAUUAUUCAUUUUGAUAUUCAAUAGUACAUCAAUACAAAUUCUCGGAAACCAACAUGACAGCAAAAUCACACCAGCCUUCAUUAGAAAUCAGAUUUUUUUUUUUUGAGCAAAAUAAGAGAGAAGUAAUUGUUGAGUGAUGAAUGUAAUUGACUCAUGAAAUAAACAAGUCUUUCAUUGCUUAAUGAUUUAGCAAUCCCAAUAAAAAAGGUGAUCCAUCCUUUCCAUUAUGACUUAGAAUGAAGAACAGUGUAUCAUGUAUCCAAUUUGCAUAAAUAAAGAAGUCAAGAACAGUUUAUUUAGUGUUAUAUGGAAGAGGAUGGUAAUGGAGCUUCUUGCUAUUAUCUACUUUAUAGUCAGAAAAUGGAUUAGAUUAUCUUCUCACAAAAUAAAAAAGAAGACGAAUUCUUUCUUGCAACUUCUGAAAUUUUUGUUGGUGGAGAGGUUUUGUAUCUGGGUUUUCCUUUUUAUGGUCUAGAUUGCUCUUAUCUUUACUCUAGAAUAAUAACACUUCCUCUUACUUUCAUUUGCUUAAUGAAAACUAUUUGGUGGCUGCCUAACCUUUCCCU